CACUUAGUCGCUCCUUUUUUGGACAAGACAGCAGUUUUUUUUUUCUAAUUUAAAUUUACGGCACAUUUCCAGAUGAUCUGCGUUCCUUCAAAAGGGAGCGUGACUAAGUAGAGAGUGUUUUAGACCGGCAGACAAUACAGCAAAGACACUAUAAACAAAGCUACGUUGUAAGGACAUGGACCUUCGUCUGACACUCCUGGUGAUAUGUCUCUGCAGCCAAGGAAUGACUAAUGCUGAGGUGGCAGAAGAUGAGUCAAUCCCAUUGGUGCCUCUUAUUCCUUUGAUACCCAGCCACCCCAGAGAGAGAGUAGAAAAUGAAAGUGCCACAGAGGCACCAACAACCAUAACUAGUAGGCCCAGUGGGGGCUCAUCAGAGGAAGAGCAAGAUGAGAGCUGUCUUUCUGUUAGCCAAAGCCCACAGUCCAGGGAAGCUAUUGCUGCCUCCAUACAGAAACUGGGUAUACAGCUGCUGCAGAACCUGGAAACAACGCCGGAGCAACCAAAUGUCAUCAUAUCUCCUUUCAGCAUAUCAUUAGCGCUCUCCCAACUCGCUCUAGGUGCAGUUAAUGAGACAGAGGAGCUGCUGAUGCAUCAUCUUCAUGAAAACACUCUCGCCUGCUACCACGAGUCUCUGCAUAAUGUCUUAGAGAAGCUCAGAAACACUGACCUGCAAAUUGCCACUCGCAUCUUCCUGGGCCAAGGAAUUGAGCCGAAGCAAGACUUCGUCCAUGAGUCCCAGCGGUUGUAUGACUCAGAACCGACAGCCUUGGAGAGCCUGCAACAGAUAAACGACUGGGUAGAGAAGGCAACAAAUGGAAAGAUGACUGAAUUUCUAUCUGCUUUACCACCCGAUUUGCUCCUAAUGCUCAUUAAUGCUGUCCAUUUCAAAGGAGAAUGGAAAGCUCGAUUUGACCCGCGCUUCACCUCCAGAGGUGUGUUCUACCUUGACGACAAACACAUGGUUGAUGUUGAGGUGAUGGAAGAUGCUAAACAUCCCUUGAGUUUAUUUACUGAUAAUGAACUGGAGGCUCAGGUAGCGAGCUUCCCAUUCCAGAAGUCCAUGAGCUUGUUAGUGGUCAUGCCUAUGUCCGGCCAGUUGAACGUGUCUUCACUUGCUGCAAAGCUGAAUAUCUCCGACCUUUAUAAUCGUCUACCGAAGGAAAGGGCUGUUCAAGUUAGAGUCCCCAAAUUCAAACUGGAGUAUGCUCAAGAGCUACAGGAUGUUUUUACCAAAUUGGGCCUUGGAGAAAUGUUUUCUAAUCCCAAUUUGGCCAACAUGGCAGACGGCCCCCUGCUGGUGUCCAGUGUGAUGCAUAAAUCCUGCAUGGAGCUAAAUGAGGAGGGUGCAGAGGCUGCUGCAGCCACCGCUAUUGUCAUCUCACGGGCAUCCAACCCUAUUUUCCACCUCAGCCAACCCUUCCUCUUUGUCCUUAUGGAUGAUAUGACUCAAGUACCAGUCUUCAUGGGUGUCAUCAACAACCCUAAUCCCGGAGCUCCUAUCUUGCGGAGAGGAGAAUUUGGAAACGCAGAUAAAGUCGGAUUCCCAAUUGACAAGAAUUACGUAGGCUCAUUUGGAAGCCCACCUAAGUAGGGACUAAUACCUGCAUGACUGUCCCAGGGAAAACCCAGACCGAGACCUUUAUGAUUGUACAGAUUAAGUGUACAAUAUCACUUAGCUGGAUCAAAAAUGUGUGCGAGAGCAGAUGAUUUCCCUGUUUCAUUAUAGAAUGAACAGGAGCCCCGAAUCCACUGAAAAAGCUGAAUAUUCCUUUUAAAAAAUAUACAGUUUUACUGGUUUAGAUGACAAGCAACUUUUUUAAAACCUUCUAAAAAUUACAUGACUAUAAGAAGUUGUUUAUACCCCUUAAAAAUCUCCUCAUCUUUGAGUUAUUUGAUUAGCCUACACUUGAGACUUUCAAUAUUUCAAAAUGUAUGACCAAACAAAUCUGAUAUACCACAACA